AUGAUAAAACAUUCAUUAUCUGAGACAACAUUGAUGAGUGAUCGAGAUUCAAAUCAAUAUGAAAUUCGACAAAGACUAUUGGCUAGUUCCCAAAGUACAUCACUUAAUGAUAUCUCUGAAAAAUCUUCGAAUGAUUUGCAUGAUCAUACACAUGAUUUAAUUGAUUCAGUUUUUGAAGUUCCAACAAGAUGUGUUGAACAAGCAAAAGAAGUUGGUAAAUUUGUUGUUGAUUAUGUUGUCGAUCAUAGUCAUCUUCCACAUUGGCUUAUUGAUAAUGAAUUUUUAUUAUCUGGACAUCGUCCACCAAUGCCAAGUGUUAAACAAUGUUUUGCAUCAAUAUUUCGUUUACAUACAGAAACAGUUAAUAUAUGGACACAUCUAUUAGGUACUUUUGUUUUUAUUGGAAUUGCAAUAUAUUUUCUUACACAACCGGCUACUGAAGUACAUAUAGAAAAAAAAUUAAUAUUUGGUGCAUUUUUUCUUGGAGCUAUUGUAUGUUUACUUUGUUCAACAUUAUAUCAUACAUUUUAUUGUCAUUCACCAAAAUUUUCCAAGUUUUUUGGCAGACUUGAUUAUUGUGGAAUAGCAAUAUUAAUUAUUGGUUCAGUUGUUCCAUUACUUUAUUAUCAAUUUUAUUGUGAAUUUGGAACAAAAAUUGCAUAUUUAUCAUUAAUUGGUUUAUUGGGUAUAACAUGUAUAGUUAUUUCUAUGUGGGAUAAAUUUGAUUCAUCAGAUUAUCGAGUUUAUCGUGUUUUACUAUUUAUUACAUUUGGAAUUUUUGGUUUUAUUCCAACUUGUCAUUAUAUAUUUCGGCAUGGUUUCGAACAUGCUUUUACAGCUGGUGCUACUCAAUAUUUACUCUUAGUAGCUACACUUUAUGUUAUUGGUGCAGGUCUUUAUGCUGCUCGAAUACCUGAACGAUUAGCUCCAGGUCUUUUUGAUAUUUGGUUUCAAAGUCAUCAACUUUUUCAUGUAUUUGUUGUGGCUGCAGCUUGUGUUCACUAUUAUGGCAUUUGCGUUUUAUCACAUAAUCAAGCUAGUUAUUUUGGUGAUUGUCAAGCAGAUAUUUUAACUUCAAAUACCGGUCAAGGACGUGGUACAUCACAAACUCAAGCAGUUUCUUGUUUAUCAACUGAUGAUUCAGUAGCUCCAAUGAGCAGUGAUCGAGAUCAUGGUAUUUCUCUGAAACAAAAAACUUUAGUUUCAGAUUCUCAAUGGAUGGUAUCAGAUUUAACUAUUGAUCAGUUCAAGUCAAAUACUCGGCCAUCAAAGCCAAAUGAGUUGGGAAAAAUUGGCGACCAUAUAACAGUUCAGAUAAACUACUUUCCAAUUGUUAAAUUUCCUCAAAGUGGUCUUGUUUAUCAAUAUGAUAUUCAAAUAAAAAAUAAAUAUUCUUCAAUAGUUCACCGUUAUCAUCGACGAGCGUUGUAUGAAUGUUGGUUACAUGAAUAUUGUCGGACAUAUCCGCAAAUAAAUAAACAUAAAAUUGUUUUCGAUAAUCAUCACAUAAUCUUUACAAUAGAUCAAUCAUUGCCAAAUAUUGAUGAAACUGGAAUCACUACGACAAAAAUGGCACCGAAUAGAUUUUAUCGUCAAGAAGAAUAUCAAAUUUCUAUCAAACGAGUGGGUAAUCCGAUUGAUUUGAGUUUGUUACGUUCUCUUGACGAAUUUUACAAUACGAAAAAUGAUUCUAACAUCAAUGUUAAUGAUAUCAAAGUACUUCAACAAAUGUUAUCGAUUGUAUUACAUGAAAAUUGUUCAUCAAAUGCUGCUUAUAUUUAUAAUCGAUCAUUUUUUGCACAACCCAUAUUAGAAAAUAAGCAUGGUUACUGGGAUCUUGGUUUAGGUAAAGCUUUAUGGCGUGGUUUCUAUUCAUGUCUUGUCUUUACCAAUGGUACUAAUCGACUACUGAUGAAUCUCGAUGGUAAGCGUUAA